AUGGACCUGAGGCGCGCCAAGGCCCAUGAAGGCUUGGGCUUCAGCAUCCGCGGGGGCUCGGAGCAUGGCGUGGGCAUCUACGUGUCGCUGGUGGAGCCAGGCUCUCUGGCUGAGAAGGAAGGACUGAAAGUCGGGGACCAGAUUCUGCGUGUCAACGACAAAUCCCUGUCCCGGGUGACCCACGCUGAGGCCGUCAAGGCACUCAAGGGCUCCAAGAAGCUGGUGAUGUCGGUGUACUCGGCGGGGCGCAUCCCCGGGGGCUACAUCACCAACCACAUCUACACCUGGGUGGACCCGCAGGGCCGCAGCAUCUCCCCGCCCGCCAGCCUGCCCCGGCCCCACAGCGGUGCCCUGAGACCGCGAGAGGGUGACCGGAGGAGCACCCUGCACCUGCUGCAAGGCGGGGAUGAGAAAAAGGUGAACCUGGUGCUGGGGGACGGCCGGUCCCUGGGCCUCACCAUCCGCGGGGGAGCAGAGUACGGCCUCGGCAUCUACGUCACGGGUGUGGACCCGGGCUCUGAAGCAGAAAGCAGCGGGCUCAAGGUCGGGGACCAGAUUCUGGAGGUGAACGGGCGGAGCUUUCUCAACAUCCUGCACGACGAGGCCGUCAGGCUGCUCAAGUCAUCCCAGCACCUCAUCCUGACGGUGAAGGACGUGGGGAGGCUGCCCCACGCCCGCACCACCGUGGACGAGACCAAGUGGAUCGCCAGUUCCCGGAUUGGGGACCCCGCCACGAACUCAGCAGGGUUUCCUGGGGAUCCCACCACAGAAGGAGCAGACAAGCUGGGAUUUUACAAGGGGCCGGCCGGCUCCCAGGUGACCCUGAGCAGCCUGGGCAACCAGACGCGCGUGCUGCUGGAGGAGCAGGCGCGGCACCUGCUGAACGAGCAGGAGCGCGCCACCAUGGCCUACUACCUGGAGGAGUACCGCGGCGGCAGCGUCUCCGUGGAGGCCCUGGUCAUGGCCCUGUUCGAGCUGCUCAACACCCACGCCAAGCAAUGGAAAAAAUAUCCUUGGUUCUCGCUCCUCUCUGAGGUGAGAGGCACCAUUUCCCCCCAAGACCUGGACCGCUUUGAUCACCUGGUGCUGAGGAGGGAGAUCGAGUCGAUGAAGGCGCGGCAGCCCCCCGGCCCUGGGCCCGGUGACACCUACUCCAUGGUCUCCUACAGUGACACAGGCUCGUCCACAGGCAGCCACGGCACCUCCACCACCGUCAGCUCGGCCAGGGAGCGGCUGCUGUGGCUUAUAGACCUGAUGGAGAACACUCUGGACCUGGAGGAAACGGGCCAGGCCGUCCAGGGCAAUAUGAACGCCCUCCCAGAUGUUUCCCUGGAUGAAGUCAAGUCCACGGCCGAGGGGCUGUCUGGCUACAAGCUGCCUCCUCCCCCACCACCCCUCGCCCAGCCGAAGAAGCUCGGAAGUCAAGACCAAAAGCCACCUUCCUCCGCCUCUUCCCACUCGGGCAUAGUCUUCUCGGCUCCGCAGAACCGCAGCCCUCCGGCUGGCACCGCACCCGCCCCAGAGGCCCCCUCAGCGCAGGACUCGCCCUCCUCCCCCAUCUACGCCUCCAUCUCCCCUGCCAACCCUGGCGCCAAGCGGCCGCUGGAUGCCCAUCUGGCCCUGGUCAACCAGCACCCCAUUGGCCCCUUCCCACGGGUCCAGUCACCCCCGCACCUGAGAAGUCCCCCCACAGAGACCACGCUGGCUGGGGGCUGCCUCCCACCACCCUCCCCCUCGGGGCGCCCAGACCAGACAGGCACAAACCAGCACUACGUCAUGGUGGAGGUGCACCGCCCGGACAGCGAGCCCGACGUGAACGAAGUGAGGGCGCUGCCCCAGGCUCGCACAGCCUCCACACUCUCUCAGCUCUCGGACAGUGGGCAGACUCUGAGUGAGGACAGUGGUGUGGACGCUGGCGAGGUGGAGGCCAGCGCCCCUGGCCGAGGCAGACAGAUGGCGUCCACCAAAAGCAGGAGUAGCAAGGACCCACCUCGGAACGAGAGGAGCACAGAGGGGGCAACCAAACCGCCUGGACUCUUGGAGCCCACAUCCACCCUGGUCCGAGUGAAGAAAAGUGCGGCCACCCUGGGCAUCGCCAUCGAGGGUGGCGCCAACACCCGCCAGCCGCUGCCCAGGAUCGUCACCAUUCAGCGCGGCGGCUCGGCCCACAACUGUGGGCAGCUGAAGGUGGGCCACGUGAUCCUGGAGGUGAAUGGGCUGACGCUGCGGGGCAAGGAGCACCGGGAAGCCGCGCGCAUCAUCGCCGAGGCCUUCAAGACCAAGGAGUGUGACUACAUCGACUUUCUGGUCACCGAGUUCAAUGUGAUGCUCUAGGGGCCGAGGCCUGAGCGCCUCCCACCGCUGCCCAGCCCCUGGCCCGGUCCCUCUUCCCUCCUGGCACUGUUAUGCUCCCUGAGGGGCCAGGGCCGCAUGGCCAGGGUAGCAGGAAGACACCCCCACUCCUUCCGGGCCGCUGGACCAGAACUGGGAGAGGAGGCGAAGCAAACAGGUCAGGUCAGGUCAGGAUCUGGUGCCACGCCCGGUACACAGUAGGCACUCACUACAAGUGUGGCUUUCAGGAAGGGGAAGGACACAGUGUCUUGGCAUGUCCACCUGCGGUCUGCCAGGGCCUGCUCCUCUGGGUUGAGUCGGGGGCACUGUGCCCCUGGCCACCUAGGACCUGGCCCAUCUCCAGAUGCCUUGGCUUUGUCUAGAGCAGCGGUUCUCAACCUGUGGGUCGCGACCCCUGAAAAAUACAUCCUGCAUAUCAGAUAUUUACAUUACGAUUCAUAACAGCAGC